AUGGGGUCUGGAUCAGCGUCCCGGUGUUUGGAUCUGUGCGUCGUUUUGUCCCUGCUGCCCGCGUGCGUCUACGCAAACCGGAUUAUCACGGGCACACCGGAGCUCCACAAGCCCACCAUCACCGGGCUCGGGGUGAAGGAGCACUCGCAGAUUGUUGCCCAGCACAAUAGACUCCGCAGCCGGGUCAAACCCAUGGCAGCUAACAUGCAAAAAAUGGAAUGGAGUGAGAAGCUGGCCUUACUGGCAAAGGAGAGGGCAGCAUCGUGCCACACAGACCUUCCUCCUCAAUACCCUUCCUCUUUCAGUCAUGUUGGCUGGAACACGCAUCUCUCUGCAUAUGGUCACACCACAUUUUCUAACGCCAUUCAGUCUUGGUUUGAGGAGGGAAAAGAUUUUCUCUACUUGAGUGGGCAGUGCAGGGAGAAUGCCACCUGCCAACACUAUACACAGCUUGUGUGGGCCACUUCGAGUCACGUGGGCUGUGCUAGCCAGUUGUGUCUGAGAGAAGGAGAUGUCUGGGAGAUUUUUGUCUGUGCAUAUUACCCUGGUGGUAACUGGGAGGUGAAUGGUCUGCUGGUGAUGCCCUAUAAAACAGGGCUGUACUGCUCUCUCUGCACUUCUUCCAUGUCGGGCUGCUUUAGACUGUGGGACCAUGUAGGUGGAUUAUGUGAGAUUCCAAAAAAUCCGUGUCGAAUGAGCUGUGGUCAGCACGGCCAUCUUAACAUCUCAUCCUGCAAGUGCUCGUGUGACCCGGGCUUCACUGGACGCCUCUGCCAGGUGCGGUGCAGUGUGCAGUGUGUACACGGCCGUUUUAAAGAAGAAGAAUGCUCCUGCCUGUGUGAUGUUGGCUUUGGUGGUGCUGAGUGUGCAGAGAAAGUGCAGUUUCCCUUCCACAGCUGUGAUGUGAUGAUAGAUGGUGAUUGCUUCGUGGUAUCAUCAGAAGCCGACACCUACUAUGGAGCUAAGAGUCACUGUCAGGAACGAGGUGGUAUUCUAGCUCAAAUCCACAAUCAAAAGGUUCAGGACAUCCUGGCAUUUUAUCUCAGUCAGCUGGAGACAAGCAACGAGGUCACCAACACUGACUUUGAGACACGAAACUUCUGGAUCGGUUUGACAUAUAAGCCCCUGAAAGAUUCAUUUCGCUGGGACACAGGAGAGAUCCCUAGAUACAGCAGCUUUGCCUUCGGGCAACCUGACAACCAAGGCUUUGGAAACUGUGUAGAGCUGCAGGCGUCAAGUGCCUUUAACUGGAACGACCAGCGCUGUAAAACACAGAACCGAUACAUCUGCCUGCAUGCUUCAGAGCACAUUGCUCGGUGGGAGGACGGCAGGUGACCUGGAUUUCUCAAAGGGGUGAAAUUAGUCAUGUGCAGUGCUAAAUGUUGGUUGGAAACAUGGCCACUAAGUCAUUUUCUUUUCAAUUAAUGUACACAGGUCAGUGUAGUCUACAUCCGUGGUUCCCAGCUGGUCCAGUCUUGCAGUCCAGAUUUCUCUUAGUCGUUUUUUCA